UCUAUGUUCAAAUACAGGCUUUGCGAAACUGAUUUUAACCAGGAAAACUAAUUAAUAAUAUUAAUUAUCACAAAGGACAGUCUUGAUCGAUGUUACACUAACAUGGCUGAAGCUCAAGUAAAUCCAGAUUUAGCCAGAGCUGAACAGACUUUGAAACAACUCUUAAAUCUUGAUCCUGACAGUCAAGAAAAACAGAAGAAUCGCCGUCGCAACCGAAAUCGGAACCGGAGACAGACAGAUAAAGAGCCAAAUGCAAGUUUCAACCAAAAUGAUGGUGCAGGAGGGGACAUAAUACCACCAGCAAAACUAUCAAAAAAUUCCAGUGGUAGUGAUGAAUUAAAAAUGACAGAAGAAAGGAAAAGGAACAGACCUCGAAGAACAAAGAAAAAUAAUGCAGACGGUGGGAAACUAUACAAACAAGACAUUCAGUUGGAAGGAGGAGAGCCAUCAUCACCAGACGCAGCAAGAGGAACAUCUGAAUUUGCUCCUGUUAGUUCCAAGCCAAAAUGGUCUCCUAACAAUGCUCCAGGUCCACCUGCUCCUGAUCAGUCGAAGCAGAAGCAGAAGCAGAAUCAGAAGAUGUCGAAUCCUCCGGGUAAUUCUAAACCUGUUAAAGCCAAACCACAAAAACAUUUUCAAGAAAGUUCUCCCAAGCAGAGAUUUUAUAAUUAUGAAAAAAGAAUGCAGAAUGAUCAGAACAAUUCCUCAAAUCCACAAGACGAGGUGGAAAAACAUCUGCAUGAAAGUAACGGUGCACAGGAGAGUGGUGGCCAGCAGCAGCAGGCAAAUCAAGCCAGCACAAAGCAAAAAGAAAGUGAAAAACUAUCGAAAAGAAUGAAGAAUAGACAGCACGCUGCUUCUGCUGCAGGUGAAGAAGAAAAGGUUGAAAAUUCAAUUCUGAGAGAAAUGGAAAGGCAGCGUGUGUUUCCACUGAAGAAGAAAUCACUGAAGUUCCCAAGAGCGCGCUUCUUCUGCCGUUUGUGUGAUUACCAUCUUGAUCGAGUUGUAGACUACCAGAGACACGUGUCGGAGGCCAGGCAUAUGAGAAGGAAGGAAGUCACCGAUUCUGAAGUUCUCCUGUGUAACAUGCCACCUCCGUCACCCAAGCAGCUGGCUGCUCUGGACGCUGCAGUGGAAGAGAUUUUCCUUGAGCACAGUUUAACCGAGGAGGACGUACAAAUGAGGGCCCAAAUCGUGAAAGAGGUGGAAACAUACAUUAAAAAGAAACUCCCAGACAUCAGUCUUCGGAUAUAUGGGUCGUCUGCGACAGGUUUUGGACUGAAGACCAGUGACAUUAACAUAGACCUGUUUGCACCCAAUGCAUCCAGUGUCCCCAAGGUUCUCUCUGACGUGUUUCUUCUUCUCAAGGAUUCAGCUGGAUUGUUGGAGAAUGUUCGCAGUGACUUUUCUGCAAUAUGUCCCGCCAUCCUGUUCAAUCACCCACAGACUGGGGUCCAGUGUCAGAUCUCGGUGAACAGUAACACUGCGUAUCACACGGGCCAGCUUCUCGCUCUCUACAGCACCUUGGACCCCAGGCUCAAGAAACUGGCCGUUGUCUUCAGAUACUGGGCCAAGCUUUGUCACCUUGACAACCAACAGGAAGGAACUUUGCCAGCCUAUGCAACAAACCUGAUGACUAUUUUCUAUCUCCAGCACACGUCACCUCAAGUGUUGCCAGUUUUAUCUAAGGAACUUCCAGACAACCCAGAAGAAACUGAACAGUCUUGUGUGUAUUUUGAGAAAAUCAAGCAAGAAAGUGACUCAUGGGUCUGUCACAACACUCAAAGUGUUGGAGAGCUGUGGCUUGAACUACUCCGAUACUACAGUCUGACCUUUGAUAUGGCCAAUGUGGUCAUUUCCAUCAGAAAGACUUCUCCUGUCGCAAGAAGUGAAAAGAAGUGGAAUUCAAAGAAACUGGCAAUAGAAGAUCCAUUUGCUACAAAGAGAAAUAUUGCUCGCACUGUGAGCAACUCGAGAAUUUAUGAAUAUUUUCAAGACACAUUGAGAAAAGCAUAUCACUACUUCGGCUUACCGAGGAAAGCAAAUGGAGAAUCACUCAUACCUGCUGCUGCUCUGUUGAAAAUGGUGGAAAAAGCAACAAAGGAAGAAAUGCGUAAAGACGAACAAGUAGAAGCUGCUUCGGCUGAUGAAUCCGGUGAUGAAGAUUGCAAAAAGACGACACUAGACAGCAAAACAAUCCAUACCAUUGACAACAAGACUUCUGAGAAACAGAGUAAAUCUAAUGAAACUGCUGAAGAUACUUCAGAACAGCUUGAUCCUGAUACUGACUCGCAUAAAUCAAGGAUACCUUUGAUAGAUGAAGCUACAAAAGAGAGUGAUGACGGUAUUAUUAACCAGAGUAAUGACUCGGCACAUUCCAGUUCUAAUGUUUGUGAGCCAGUCGAUGAUCAGACGAUGUCAGUGACUGAAACAAUUUCAAGACUCUCGGUUGAUGAUGAAUCAAGUGACAAACAUCAUCUGUGGCAGUUUGCUAAAGAUUUUGCAGAAACAAUUAUACAGAAUGCAGUUGGUGAGCUUUGUGAACAAAAUUCCACCGAGUGUGUCAGCGAUUCUGAAAAGGAUCGCAGCACAGUUGUCAUGGAUACUCCUAGUGAAGUCCCUAGUUCAGAGGCCUUGGAUGUAUCAGCAAUCAGCUCCAUGAUCAAAGAUGAGGAUUGCUGUUAUGAAUUCACAGAGAAAAAUUUGACAGAUGGAAAGGGUCCAGCCAUUAUCUGUGGUUACUGUGAGAAGGAAGGUCAUCUGAAAACAGCUUGCCCUGAUGACAUGCUACCUGACCUAAAACCACUGCCGCCACCAGACAAACAGUUCUUCAAGCUACUGACCAAUACUUUGAAACAGGUGCCAAAGGAUUUUGGUCCAUCAUAUCACGAAGUACAGGAACGAAACCAGAUUCUACAGGAGCUUCAAUACUUCAUCAAUUAUACAUUAUAUGAAGAUGCUGAGCUUUGCUUAUUUGGAUCUUCCUGUAAUGGGUUUGGUUUUGUUAUGAGUGACCUUGACAUCUGCAUGACAUUUCACUCCAAGCCAUCUGGCAAGGACCUGAACUACCCACAUAUUGUGGAGCAGCUGGCCAAGGUGUUGAAGGAACACAGGGGCCUCUACAAUAUACUUGCCAUUCCAACAGCCAAAGUUCCCAUCGUGAAGUUCAAGCACCGCAGAAGUGGUCUGGAGGCCGAUAUUAGUUUGUACAAUACGCUGGCCCAGCAUAACACUCGCCUGUUAGAGAAGUACAGUCUUAUUGACCCCAGAGUAAAAAUACUGGGCUAUGCUUUCAAGGUGUUUGCUAGGGUCUGUGAUAUUGGAGAUGCAUCACGCGGGAGUCUGUCAUCAUAUGCUUAUAUUCUGAUGUUGCUUCAUUUUCUACAACAAUGUGACCCACCUGUAGUCCCAGUGUUGCAAGAGCUGUAUGAAGGAGAAGUGAAGCCAGAGAAGAUGAUUGAUGGCUGCAAUGCUUGGUUCUAUGAUGAUAUCAGUAAACUGCCUUUUGUGUGGAGCCAGUGUGGUAAAAACAGCCAGAGUGUUGGUGAACUGUGGCUCGACUUGUUUCGGUACUACACGGAAGAGUUCAACUACAAAGACCAGGUGGUUUGCAUCAGACAGAAAGGGCCUCUGACGCGAUUCGAAAAACUCUGGAAUGGAAAAUGUAUUGCAAUUGAAGAUCCUUUUGACAUCAAACAUAACCUUGGAGCAGGCUUGUCAAGAAAAAUGAACAACUAUAUUUUCAAGGCUCUUAUUCACGGUCGACAGCUUUAUGGAACACCCGUUAAUUUGCCAACAAACGAGUUGUAUGUAACAGUAGCGGAUUACUUCUUUGACCGCACGUUGCUAUCUGAAGGGUCUCCACCUAACGACCGUGGCUGCCGUGUGUGUGGAAAGAUAGGACAUAUUGCAAAAGAGUGCCAUAUUGUGGUCAACAGAAAAGAAAGAGAGGAAAGAGGGCGGAAAGCGAAAGCGGCACAAGACCAGGAGAGAAGACAAGACAACAGCAAUAGAAACAACAUGAAUGCGGGAAACCAAAGGAAUCCAGUCUCCAGUCCCCAGAAAGGCAUGUAUAAUCAUCCUUUGGCUGGUUCUCCUAUUAAGCAGACUCGAUCUCCUGGGUACCGGGUGAACUCCGGCCCCUUCAGACCACAGAUGACUCCCAACAAAUACACCCCUCAAGGAAAGCCACAGCAGAAUUCAUCUUCUCCAUCAGCUGGGUUUGGUCCAGUCCCCUUCCUAUUCGACCCUCCUCACCGGCAGGUCUUGCUUCAACCUCGUGCUCCUCAGUCAGCCCAGCUAAUGCGCGGCAUGUCGCCGCAACAGUUCCCCAUGCAGGCCCCACAGGGCUACCCACCGCAUUCAAAUCACACACCAAAUGUUGGACGAUCAUUUCAGCACCAAAGCCAGUCAACUUACAACUCAUAUCCUGCACAAACAUUCAGUAACAUUAACGUCCAGUCGAUGACAAGAGCUUCGAAUCACCAGAGUAUGGCAAGCGGUGCUCCCUUAUACAUGUUGAAUAGUAACAUCCCGAGUGAAAAUUCAAAUAGCCUUGCUUCUGCUUUGACUGGAUCACCAGUCAUGGAAUUCCAUGGUCACAAUGGUGGCAGGGUGGAGAGCCAGUCGAAGCAGAGUGCUGAACCCAGUAUGGGCAAUGUUGUUCUGCCUUAUAGGCAGGUGAUACAAUGUAACGAAGAUGGUAAUAUGGUUCUCAAAAUAACCGUUCCUGGCAGCAUGCAAUAGAACUGACUUGUUUCAGUCAAACACUGAUGGUGUCAUUUGAAGUGCACUCGAGGUUUUAUUAUUUUCAAUUAAACAGACUGUCCUGAGUUUGUAACCACUGUAAUAUGUUUUGGACUAAUAUAGUCUUUUUAAUUAUCUAAAUUACAAUAGACAGUGAAACUCCUCUAAACAAGACACUCAUUAGCUAAGCUGGGUUUCUGCCAGAGGUAUGGUGCCAUACCCCAAUUUUUUGGCAGACUGUUUUAAAGUUAACCUUUUGACAAAAUUAAUUACACUUAUCAUUACUGUAUGAUUCCCUUAACUCUUAACCCU